UCUCCUAUUUUCGAGGUUGAGUUGGUGACGGUGAGACUUUUGCUGCAGUUGGUGCCGUUCAAACAGCCGAGCCAAGUCGAGUACUUGAGCUGGUUUGAGAUUGGAAGAGCGCAGGGCUUCCCAUGAUCAAAGGCAAACUCCCCAGCCUGAUGUCUUCCGUCGUGACUCCAGUCCAAGAGCUCAACACGAUGGAGACCAAGAAGGUGGAGCUGAUUCUGGUAAAGGAACAGAACGGCGUUCAGUUCACCAAUUCCACUCUGCUCAGCUCUUCCCAGCUUCCUGGAGGAGAGGGUGAGCCUGUGAACAGGGAGACCUGGGCGAAGAAGAUCGAUUUCCUGCUCUCAGUUGUUGGUUUUGCCGUGGACCUGGCCAAUGUCUGGAGAUUCCCCUAUCUUUGUUAUCGCAACGGCGGAGGGGCAUUUCUCGUCCCUUACUUGUUCUUUAUGUUCAUUGCUGGAAUGCCACUGUUUUACAUGGAAUUGGCACUGGGACAGUUCAACAGGAAAGGAGCUGCAGGAGUUUGGAAGAUCUGCCCAAUAUUUAAAGGUGUUGGCUUCACAGUUAUCCUGAUUGCACUGUAUGUUGGUUUCUAUUACAAUGUAAUCAUCGCCUGGGCGCUCUAUUAUUUAUACGCAUCUUUUACCAUGGAACUACCUUGGAUCCACUGCAACAAUAGUUGGAAUAGCCCCAAUUGCUCUGACUUCAACAACUUUAUCCGGCAAAACACAUCCACAAAAUAUUAUGAGUACAAAUCCAAUCCUGCUGCUGAAUACUAUGAACGUGGUGUUCUUCGCCUUCAUGAAAGUGCCGGGAUCCAUGAUAUUGGCAAACCCAGGUGGCAGCUAACCUGCUGCUUGUUUGUGGUUAUUGUUAUCCUUUACUUCAGUCUCUGGAAGGGAGUUCGAACUUCUGGCAAGGUUGUCUGGAUUACUGCCACUAUGCCAUACGUCGUUCUUACUAUCUUACUGCUUCGUGGAGUUACUCUCCCUGGAGCGAUUGAUGGAAUCAAAGCAUAUCUCAGUGUGGAUUUCUUACGCCUCCGUAAAGCCUCAGUUUGGAUAGAUGCAGCUACACAGAUAUGUUUCUCACUUGGAGUGGGUUUUGGUGUACUAAUAGCUUUUGCGAGCUACAACAAAUUUAAUAACAAUUGUUACAGGGAUGCAAUCGUUGCCAGUUCUGUCAACUCCGUGACAAGCUUCUUCUCAGGUUUUGUUGUGUUCUCUUUCUUGGGCUAUAUUUCAAAGCGCCAUGGAGUUGCUCUGGAGGAUGUAGCCACUGGAGAAGCUGGAUUGGUCUUCAUUAUUUACCCAGAAGCAAUUGCCACCCUUCCUGGUUCAUCAAUUUGGUCAGUCAUCUUUUUCAUCAUGCUUCUGACACUGGGACUUGACAGCGCAAUGGGUGGCAUGGAAUCAGUAAUUACAGGACUAAUUGAUGAAUUCAAACUCCUGCGUAAUCACAGAGAGAUCUUUACACUGUUCAUCAUUACAAUUACCUUUCUGGUGUCUCUCUUCUGUGUAACUAAUGGUGGCAUCUAUGUGUUUACUUUACUUGACAAGUUCUCAGCAGAGACAUCCAUACUGUUUGGAGUACUUAUGGAAACCAUUGGAGUCUCCUGGUUUUAUGGAGUUGAUCGUUUUAGCGAUGACAUUGAAAAAAUGAUAGGCAAAAGACCUGGCUUAUAUUGGAGAUUGUGCUGGAAAAUUGUCAGUCCCUGUUUCCUACUGUUUGUUGUGGUCGUCAGCAUUUCAACAUUCAAAGCACCAGAAUAUGGCAAUUACAUCUUUCCAGAAUGGGCCAAUGUUAUUGGAUGGUGUAUCGCCAUAUCAUCAAUGGCAAUUGUACCCAUUUUUGCAGCGUACAAAUGUAUCACCCUGCGUGGGACCUUGCGUGAGAGAUUAGUUUAUGCAAUUACACCUGAGAAGGACCACCAUCUGGUGGAGCAUGAAGAACUUCGCCAGCUUACUCUGCGCCAUUGGCUUAUGAUAUGAAAACAUUGUACAAAAGGAAAGGACAUGGAAAACACAGACAAAAAUGAAAAUAUCAGCUCCUUUCAACACACGUGAAAGAUGAAAAACAGCU